AUGCUUUCUCAAAUUGCACAAUUAUUAUACGAUCUUAUCGGAUUAUUGGGUCCUAUAAUAAUAAAGGCAAAAAUCUUUAUGCAACGUUUAUGGCAAAUUAAAUGUGAUUGGGACGAAUCAGUUCCUCCUGACAUUCACAUUGAUUGGCAGAAUUACAGAAAGGAUUUAACUUGCAUAAAUGAUUUGACCUUUCCACGAUGUGUUGUUAUUGAUGAAGCCACAAAUGUACAAUUGCAUGGGUUUUGUGAUGCAAGCGAAGUUGCAUAUGGCUUGCUCUCAAAACUCGUGCAAUCUGUUCUGCCAAUUUUGGCUUUGAAAAUCGAUGAAAUACAUUUGUGGUCUGAUUCAACAAUAACCUUACAAUGGAUAAACACAGAACCAUAUCAACUAAAAACAUUUGUCGCUAAUCGUGUUUCUCAAAUUCGUGAGACUACAGAUCCAUUAAAGUGGAGACACGUUCCAACAAACCAAAAUCCAGCUGAUCUCUUAUCAAGAGGUCAAAUGCCACGUGAAUUCAUGCAAAAUGCUAUAUGGGUUUCAGGACCAAUUUGGCUCAGCACUGAUGAGAAAAAUUGGCCUCCUAACCAAUUCGAAAAGGUACCAACUUUAGAGUUAAAAGCUAACGUAAAUUUACUUUCAAAUAACGUAACAAAGACACAAGAAACAAAUGACAUUUUAACAAAGUUUUCUUCUAUUCAAAAAACUAAACGCGUUAUGGCAUUUUGUAUGAGAUUCAUUGAUAAUAUCAGAAUUAAUUUGCAAGCAAAGGGUAAAAAAGGUUCGAAAACACAAGCAAUUGUAAAUUCUGGUAUUAAAGAUCUGCGUUUAUCAGUUGAAGAGAUACAAACUGCAAUGAAUAAAAUUCUUGUUCUAUUACAAACACAAUUCUUUUCACGGGAAUUAAAGGCCCUACAAAACAAUGAAAAAUUACCUCGCUCAAGCAGUUUGUUCUCUUUAGAUCCUUUUGUGGGCAAGGACGGUUUGUUACGGGUCGGAGGACGAUUAAAACAUUCAACUUUGUCCUAUAAUGAAAUACAUCCAAUUGUUUUGCCUAAGUCGCAUCACAUUACAAUUUCAAUAAUUAGAUUUAAACAUCAAACUAAUUAUCACAGUGGUGCUCAAGCAACACUGAACGCGGUCAGAUCUAAUUACUGGCCAAUUAAUGGUAUGAACACAGUAAAAAAAGUUAUAAGAAAAUGUAUGACGUGCUUUCGUGCAAAACCUGCGAAUUUAAAUUAUUUAAUGGAUAAUUUACCAAAGGAAAGAGUCACUCAAACUCGACUCUUUGUAAUCACUGGUGUGGAUUAUUGCGGUCCAUUCUUUAUUAAAGAGAAAAAACACAGAAAUCGAAACAAGGUUAAAGCAUAUGUAGCAAUUUUCGUAUGUUUUGCAACAAAAGCUUGUCACAUAGAAUUAGUUAGUGAUUUGACUACCGAAACCUUCAUUGCAUGUUUAAAACGAUUUUUUGCACGACGCGGAAAAAGUUCAACCAUUUUUUCUGACAAUGGAACAAACUUCGUUGGCACAAACAAUGAGUUGACCAAAACACUGCGUGAACUUAUAGAUUCCGAAAAUCACAAGGCGGAAGUUUUAACAUAUCUCGAGAAACAGGGUAUCAAGUGGAAAUUUUCACCUCCAAAUUCACCACAUUUUGGCGGAUUAUGGGAGGCUGCGGUUAAGUCUUUUAAAUAUCUCUUUAUUAGAAGCAUUGGUGAAAAACUGUUUAGUUUCGAAGAGUUGAUCACGUUUACAACCGAAAUAGAAGCAAUCCUAAAUUCACGUCCAAUCACUCCUUUAUCAUCAGAUCCUAAUGACCUUCGAUCAUUAUCUCCAUCUCAUUUUUUAAUUGGUGAUUCAUUAAUGAGUGUACCAGAGCACAAUCUGACUGAUAUCCCAGAGAAUAGGGUGUCAAACUGGCAGAAUAUUCAACGUGUGAAGCAACUUUUUUGGAAUCGAUGGUACAAAGAGUACCUCAAUCAACUCAACAUCCGUUGCAAAUGGCAACAUGCUGGUACUGACAACCCAAAAGUCGGCACCAUGGUCAUCAUCAAGAAAGACAACACGCCACCUUUACGCUGGCACCUAGGAAGAAUAAUUAAAAUUCAUCCUGGAGACGAUUCUAUUGUUAGAGUCGUUACUGUUCGCACUACAACUGGGAUCUAUAAACGAUCAGUUAAACGCGUAGUUUCCUUGCCUAUUGAUUAA